AUGAUGCCUUCAGCUUCUUCCCCAAUCCGAAAUAGCCCUGUGUCCUCCGCCAUCGACGGUAUCUCCAUUGCCGUAAUACUUGGAUCGAGUGAUGUGAGUAAAUCUGAAGGCCCUAGGUCUGGAGUGAAUUUGGUGGAUUCCCUUUUGGAUGCUGGAUGUGAUGCGAUUUCUAUUGAGAAUAAGGGCUUGGGAUUGUCGAAUGGUUCUGAGGGUGCUGUGAUGGGAUCGAAGAUUUCUUCUAAAGUGGUUAUGGCUGAUAUCGCUCGUUCUCCAAUGGUUAAUCAUGUCAUUCGCAAUCCAAUUAAGAAGGAGGACGGAGUGAUAUAA